AUGAGGGUUAGCAUCAACAUCAUGCUUGUCGCCAUCGUCUCUGCCUUUCUAUCAACUCUCUGUCAACAAACCAUGGGCCGCUUAUUUCCCAUUAGUAUCAAUCCUAUCUCGAAUUAUUUCUAUCGACGACCAGGGAUAGGCAACGUACCAGACGACUGGGCCUCAUGCUCCAGGUUCCCUCCUCUAUCGACAACUGAACGGACCGAGUUUGACCGCGGAGGAUGCAUGGUCUACGGCUACCCCUCCACUGGCGGGGUUCUUGCCAAAGAGGCUAACCUUCAUGAUAUGCUCUUCUUAUCACUCCGCCGCUCUCAUGAAUCACAGCGUUCACCCAAUGCCGACGAAGAAGACAGGUUCUGUAACGUCAUGCGACGGACUGGUGCUACAUGGUGGUCAAGUAAAGAGGAUAGGCUGGAGGCUCUGAUGGGCGCGAGGGAGAUGACGGAGGAAGAAGAAAGGGAGGUGGUGUUUGGUUGGCCAACGGAUGGCGUGGGUGUGUGGGUGUUGCGAUUUGAGAGUGCCAGGCAACUUCCGAGAGAUUUUGGGAAGAUCAGUUUCGCGAUGAAUAUGGAGGAGAAGAUACAGAUAAUGAGAGAGUAUGGCGCCACGUUUGUUGAAGAUUCCACGCAGGUGGACGAACUUCGUGAGGCCUGUGUUUAA